GUCCACGAUCCUCCAAAACGAAAGAUCCAGAAAUUUUCGGGGAUAAUUUGGCUUCGUUUUCCCUAAAAUAAAAUUUAAUCUUCAAAAAAUGGGGAAAUUUUACAUAGUCGAAGCUUUCCUCCCUCUGGGAAUCAUCGCCGGGAUGCUGUGCGUGAUGGGCAACGCUCAGUACUACAUUCAUAGAGCUGCUCAUGGAAGGCCGAAGCACAUUGGGAACGAUGUUUGGGAUGUGGCGAUGGAGAGGAGGGACAAGAAGAUCGUUGAGAACCUCUCUACUGCUGGAAAUUAGGAGAGAUUAAGGAAAUUUUGAUUUUGUAUCCUCUAGAGCAGUCUGAGCAGAAGUCCCAAAGUCUUGGAACUUUCAGCCAAACUUUGAAAUGCUGAGAACUCCUUGCGUUGAUUUGGUA